GUGCAUAUGGCGAGAUGAACGAGGAGAUCCAUAAAAAAAAAAUUGUUAACAGUAAAUGUCAAUUGAGGAGGAGAUUCUGGAUGGCAUUAGAAAAGUUCUGUUGAAAAGAUUUAAAAAUCUGUUCUGUUUGGGUAAGUGUGCCAGCAGGAAAUUGGCCGUUUUUAUCGUUUAGCAGGUGGCCCAGGAAGCGUGCUGGCUGCGCUGACUCCUAAAUGAGAAGCAGUUGCAACAGGAAACGGACUGUUGUUGUAAAAGAAAAUUAAAAAUUUGCAGAUUCCCACGACACCCCAUGUGAUGUGAUGUGAGCUGAGAGAUGAUACGAUCUUCUCUAUUUUCAAAAUUAUUAGUCCUUUGAGAGGCUACAGUUAUUUGCAGGUCAUGUGAUCCCUGCUCUGCUCAAAGGGAGUUUCUUCAAAUCAGGCCCUGUUAUUUCUUCUGAUCGUUCAUUAUAUCUCUCAGGUAUGCUCAGAUCAGUACUCCUCUAUCAAAUUCACAGCUGGUGUUGUAAGAAUCUCUGAAAUUUGAGAGAAGAUGGGGAAUGCUUUGCUACAAUGUGUGAAACAGUGCAGUCAUGGAGAUCCAGCAAUAAAAGUGAUGAAAAUGGAUGGCCAGAUUUUGAAGUAUGAAGGUCCAAUGUAUGCAGAGGAGAUUUUAUGCAACUACCCAAAUGAUGCCAUCUUCCAUUCUGAUUCAUUCCAUCGUUUUGGUGGGCGUUGCAGGCCUUUGUGGGAUAAUACAGAGUUAAAGGCAGGGGAGCUGUAUUAUUUGAUCCCUCAUCCUCCUGCAAAGUCCCGUGAGUUUUUGGAGAGUAGCUCCUCUGAGACUCAGAAUCAGACCCACCAUAAGAGAUGCCUUCCUCGAUCUCUGUCUGGUUUCAGAGAUAAGAAGCCCUCCAUAGAGAUCAUUCCUUCUCCAUCACAAGAUGGGGUGGUGAGAUUAAAGCUACUGAUAUCUAAGAAAGAGCUUGCUACUCUUAUGUCUGAAAGCACAGAUGCCAUGACUAUGGUGGAGAGUAUUGUCACCCCACUUUUGACAGAAAUGGAAGCAGGCAACCCACCAAAGGCUUCUUAUUUUUCUUCUCCUGCUGUGGCUAGAAGUGGAGGUGGGGGUUAUUCAUGGAAGCCUGAACUGGAAAGCAUUCCCGAAAUCAAUGUCACCUUGAGCUCUUAACCAACAGAUAAAUGAGAUGGACCUGGUGCUCAGAUAAGCACGUCCUUGAUGGUGGGUCGUGCUCUCAGUUUUGGUUCUUGUAGCGUAUGAAAUGCUUUGCUUUGAGGAUUUAACGUCGAGCCUUCUGUCACUCUGAAAAGCUUGUUUUCAGUGAACUAGCUGCUGGGCGGUUUUGUUUGUACAGGGAAGUGAGACUAGUGAGGCUCAAUAGAUUUUAGCAGGUUUUGUUUCAAUUCCAACAAUUUUGAUGCAUGUUUCUCUGGCAUCAUGUAACAUGAAUCAAAUGGCUAGUAUAGAAAUGUUUUUCCAA